CCUCGUACUACUGUGAUAAGAUGGGCUUUGAGGCUUUGGCCUAUAAGGGUUUGGAGACUGGCAGUCGAGAGGUGGUGUCUCAUGUCAUCAGACAAGAUAAGAUAGUAUUUGCUUUUGAAUCCCAGCUCAAUCCUGGAAAUAAAGAGAUGGGAGAACACUUGGUUAGGCAUGGAGAUGGAGUCAAAGACAUCGCUUUCCAAGUGGAGGACUGUGACUUCUUAAUCAAGACAGCUAAAGAGCGAGGAGCUGUGAUCAUCAAGGAACCCUGGGUGGAGCAGGACGGCCAGGGGAGGGUCAAAUAUGCUGUGCUUCAAACAUAUGGAGAUACAACACACACUCUUAUUGAGUACCUCAGUCCCUACAAGGGCCUUUUCCUGCCAGGCUACAAAGAGCCUCUGUUUAGGGAUCCUCUGUUAGCCACACUUCCACCUGGAGGUUUGCACUUCAUCGAUCACAUGGUGGGAAAUCAGCCAGAUGACCAAAUGGUGCCAAUUACAGACUGGUAUCAGAAGUGUCUGAUGUUCCAUCGGUUCUGGUCAAUAGACGACAAGCAGAUCCACACACAGUACAGUUCACUGAGGUCCAUAGUAGUGACCAACUAUGAGGAGACCAUCAAGAUGCCCAUCAAUGAGCCUGCAAGGGGGAACAAAAUUUCACAAAUCCAGGAAUAUGUGGACUACAACGGGGGACCAGGUGUUCAGCACAUCGCUCUCAACACGUCAAACAUUAUCCAAGCCGUAGUGAACCUGCGCGCCCGAGGGAUGGAGUUCCUCUCAGCGCCUGACAUGUACUACGACAACCUGCGGGCGAAUCUCAAAACCGCCAAGAUCAAGGUGAAGGAGGACCUCGACCGUUUACAGGAAUUGAAAAUCUUAGUUGAUUUUGAUGACAAGGGCUACCUACUUCAAAUCUUCACCAAACCUGUGCAGGACAGACCAACUCUUUUCCUGGAGGUCAUUCAGCGGAACAACCACUCUGGCUUUGGGGCAGGAAACUUCAAGUCUCUCUUUGAGGCCAUUGAGAAGGACCAAGACGCCAGGGGCAACCUCACUGCGCUGACACCCGACGGGCAGGCCAAAGCCUUCUACUGAUCUUCCGACUGCUGCCAAACACUUUGAAUGUUAUAUAUGGCUGCACAUUUCAGAGGCAAUCAACAGUACAGUAUAUGAAACACAUGUACAGUGUGUUGAAUAUCUUCACGUGACAAGCUGCAAGUGCCAUCAGAUAUGCUUUAAGUUGUCCAUGCUGUAUGACCAAAUAAAGAAACUUAUCCUCA